AUGUUCGCCGCCGCAGGAUAUGCUGGUGUCCAGCUCAUCGCUAUGCUUACGGCUGUCGGGUCUUGCGCAUUUGUGCUCAGGAUCAAGCGAUGCUUACGAGCCGUAGAUGAGGAGGAGUACCUCGACGAGAAGCUAGCAUGCUACGCAUACGCCGCGCGGAUGCAGAUCAUGGAUUGCUCGUCAAGGCCGUUGACAAAGGAGGAGAGGGAGGCACUGUAG